GAUUGCAUGAUCACUAUAAGAAGUGUGGAACAUAUGAACAAGCACGAGUCAGGUUGCCUCACCCAGACCUUUGGAAUAGUAGACCUCUACAUCAUUGGCAUUGGUUAUGCGAUAAUGUUUAUCGCAAUGAAGACUAUAUGGAGAUCUGUGCUACUAAUGCUCAAAACCGGGAUAAGCAAGAAAGUACUCAUAGGGGCGGUGCAAUGCCAUUUAUUCAGCAUGCUUUGCAAGCAGCAAAGGAAAGUGGUAAGCCUGUAUCAUUAAUAGACAACUAUGAAAAUAUGUAUCAGGAUGCAGAGCAUACCUGGGUGAGUGAGGCUAAACGAGCGAGACAUGAAAAAAUGAAGCAGAAGAGAGAAGCUAUCAAGGCAAAGCUCAUAGAAGAGGCAGCAGAAGGUACUUCUAUUGAAUCAAUAGAAGUGUCUUUGAAUGAAGAGAUUGCUAUUAUGGCCAAAGAGUGUGGGAGAAAAGGUGGAAAGGUUCAUGGCGUAGGUGCUUUCCCUCGGUUGGAUAUCCCGUCUUCUUCCUCAACGCCAAUCAAUUCUGAGUGGAAUGAGAUGAAAGGUAACAUACAAACUCUGUCGUCAACUGUAACUACAUUGAAAUCAGAGAAUGCACAACUGAAAUCCAUGUUGCGAGCAAUAUUUACCAAAUUGAGUGGGAGUAACAACAUCAAUGUUGAUGCUGAUACAAUAGCAGCAGAUGGUAUUGAAGGUAGAGAUGAUUUCCCUGAUGGCUUUGAUGACUUUCCCAUGAGACUCUAGUAUGCCUUGGAGCUCAGUAGUAUAUUUGGAAAGUUUCUUUUUGAGAUGAAGUUAAGGAACUGUCCUUAAUAUCUAGGAAGAAUUACAUCUCAGACAUGUGGUUAAGGAACUAUAUAUUUAGUCCUUGAUGCCCUGUGUUCUAUUUUGAAUCCUUUUGGAAUUGCAAACAGUUGUAUAUAUAUGUAAGCUUAACUCUAAUAUUAGUUGGCA